AUGGCUGCACUGGCACCUUCUCCUAAUCAAGAUCCUUCUGGCAGUCAGCAGAUACCAUCAUUGGCCGACAUUCGGUCACACGCUCUCGCAAAAUUCGGUGUCAAGCCUUGUUUGUGGCAGCUUAAAGUUGCCCAGGCUCUGCUCAAAGGGGACCAGGAUGUCAUAUGCACGGCAGGCACUGGAAUGGGGAAAAUGCUCAGAUUCUGA